UCUUGACCUUUCAAGAUUUAUCAGUUCUCAAUUCUUAUUCAUUGAGGAAUAGUGUACUGUAGAACAAGAUGUUCAAAGCAAGUUGUUCGAAAUCGUUAAUCCUAGCCAGUUUAGUGCUUUCCUGUGUCUUCACUUCUGGUAGUGCCUACCGAUCAAAGACUGUGUUCCAAAGAAUCAGCACAGAAGAAAGGUUCUCCACUUUCAAUUCCUUAUUGCAAAACAAUUCUCUAGCAAAAAGGGCUAUCCUCUAUUGGAAUACCACUGUUUUUGUUCCGACCAAUGAGGCAUUUGAAAAAUAUAAAGGUGCUUUUUACAAUGACAUCAUCUAUUAUCAUAUGUCAAGUGAGUUAAAAAGCUUGAGGAUGAUUUUCGAAUCAAACGAUAUUCAAACAUUGGCUGAUGGUUAUCCUCCUCUAUGGGUUUCUAGAAUUGAAGGUGAAAUAUAUAUUAACAACGCCAAAAUCGAUGCUGAACAAUCAGACUAUUUUUCUAGGGCCUCUGGAGGAUUUUACAAUCACAAUCAAGCCCUCCACAUCAUAGAUGAGGUACUGGAACCACCAAAUAAGUACUUAGAUAACCCUUCAGCAUUUGAUCUCAUCUCGAACUUCUCUAACAACAAAUACCUGCCUACAAGAAAAUACUUGGAUAGAAUAAGGUACUUGAAAAUGACAAAACUUUUCAAAAACUCGACCGGUAGUACAUUCUUCGUACCUGUAGAUUCGGGAAUUGACAACUAUCGAUACAUGAUGACAGAUCGAUAUAUCGUAGAAGGCCAAAUCAUACCAAACCAGAUACUUUUCACCAGACCGACUAAAAAAAACUUCUAUUUUCAAACUAAAUCCAAUGGGGAAUACAUCUACAUACUUGCAUCUUUUGUGUGCAAACAUGAUGAAGUAUAUAUAAUAAGUAACACGAUAUUUGGGGAUAGCAACCAUCAAAAAGGAGAGCUUUGGUCCAAGGUUUUGAAAGGAAAUAUACCAGUUAAAAAUGGAGUUGUGCAUUUUAUAGAAAAACCUUUAGCUAUCUUCGAUAUGCAGUUGAAACCAUUCCCAUUUCUUCCGUUAUUGACGAAACUCUCUGGAGAUCCUGAACUAAACAUGACUUACCAAUUAGGAGAACAGACUAAGUUCAAUGAAUACCUCAAGAUCAAAACAAAUAAACUUCUAACUUAUUUCAUACCUCGUGACAAAGCUUGGAGUAAUAUUUUGAGUAAUAUAACUGAUGUUGAAAGCCAAGCAAAAUUGCUUGGUAGACAUUUGGUUAUAUCUGACGUGAGGUAUACCAUGGAAAAACUUUGGUACAGAACAUUUAAGAAAGUGGUAACGAUGAAUACAGUUAGUGGAGCAGUAGAUAUUGAAGUGUUAAAAGACAAUGAUGGUAAUUAUAGUAUAUUGUUUAAUAACAGACAUAUUAAGGUACACAGACCUGAUUAUAUAUGUACCAAUGGUAUAAUACAUAUAAUUGAUGAACCAUUCCUUGAUGUAAGGGAAAGGUUUGAUGGAAAUCUCAAGAUGGAUUUCUGGAAGACAGUUGAAGAUUUUGUAUUCUAGAUAGGCUUUUAAAAAAAUAAAUGACUUUUUACA